UUUUUAUCUCCUUCUUGAAGACUCGAGACGACCGUGGAUACAGAAGAGCUUCUGCUGCUACAAUGGCUUACGUUGAGAAAGGUGUUGUAAAAUCUAAGCGAUCCAUAUGGCGAUUGAGAACCAUUACUGAUGCCUUCUGGGCCAUUGUCAAUUUCAUUGCAACAUUCUUCAUGACAAUGUUCUCGAUGGAAAAGUCAGAUGCUUACAAGAAAAGCUCAGGUGCGAGCAAGAAAUGGGAUGGUGGUGGUCCUGGAGGACCUGGAAGUGGUCCAUAUGGCGGUGGGCCACGGGGACCACCCCGUGGAUUAGACAAUGUCCGAGGCAUUGACCAUAGUUCACUUCCAGCUUGCGGCUCAUGCUGCGGCGGCUAGAAAGCUCAACAUGUUUAAAAUGUUCUACACCUUAGUUGUUCGGCUAGACGCUUUAAUGCAUUUAUUACUUUGAUGUGAAGAGCUCAAAACAAAAUUGAAGAUGUUGGUAUUAACACCUCUUUUGUUGUUUGUAAGACCCCAGGUAUGGGAAUUGGAAAUGUCUAUAUAUAUAUUGUCACAUUUUGUUUAGCA